GUUCGCAGCUGUUUGGCGGUAAUCGUUGCAUUACCGUUGCGACAGUUGCUCGUGGCGCCUCAGACAGUGCAAUACAAAAUCCGGCGACGAUUUCAUUCCACCUACAUACAUAGUUCACCUGCCAAUUGACGACGUUUGUGGUUUUCGCGCGCUGCAACACAGAGUGUACCGUUGUUAGUGUUGUGUUGAGGCAGUGCAAGCGGUUUUUUUGUGUUUAAUACUGAUAAAUCAUUUAUGGUUUAAAUGUGACAAAGUGUUUUGAGUAUUUAAUUUCUUCAAUAUAAUCUUAUCAGUGUGAAAAAAUUUCGUUAAGCGAAGGGCAGCAGCGCGUUGCCGGCAAACGAAAGUUUCAAAUACAAUUGAUUUGAGGUUUACUGACUAUUCCGCUAGUUUGCGAAAUUUUUUAGAAUUUCUUUGGAAUUAUUCUUCUUUAAUUUUGGCGCUCGCUUUUGUAUUAACACAUGAAAUGAAUCCCACAAGUGACGACGCACCACCAAUUCUACGCCCACUACCGCCGGCGCUGCAGAAAAUCGCUUGCGAGGAGCUAAACGAAGUGAACAGCCGCGUAGCGGACGAUGUGCUCGCCCUGCGUCAAUGGAUACUCAAGCAACCGCAUUUGUAUGCGCGCACUAAUGACCAAUUUCUAGUGGGCUUUCUACGUGGCUCCAAGAAUAGUUUGGAGAAAGCGAAACAGAAAAUCGAUCGUUAUUACACGCUGAAGGCCGCGUUGCCAGAGGUGUUCAACGAACGGCGACAGGUGGAUGAUCCGAUGGUGAUGGAAAUUGUGCGACUGGGCAUCAUCUUGCAGAUACCGCUGCCCAGCAACUAUCAUGGUCCCUGCAUAACGAUAAUACGCGCUUGCUCUUACGACACCACAAAGUACAAAUUCGCUGAUAUUAUACGCGUCGGUUCGAUGUUUGGCGAAAUUAUGACAAUCGAGGAUGACAACUCUACCGUUAGUGGUUAUAUUGAAGUUAUGGACAUGAUUAAUGUGAGUGGUCAGCAUUUUUUACAAUUAAAACCGGAUUUGCUGCGUAAAUGCGCAACAUUCGCUGAGGAGGCAAUGCCGAUGCGUCAGCGCGGCACACAUUUCAUCAAUGUGCCAGCGCCUUUCGAGAAGGGUUUCAAGACCCUGAGCACAUUCUUUCCGGAAAAAAUGUUGAGCAGGAUCUCAGUCAACGCCAGUCCGGAUGCUUUGUUCGAUUUCGUGCCGCGCGAAUAUUUACCACAAGAGUAUGGCGGCGAUAAUGGCACCAUAGAGGACAUUGUUGAACGCAUGACGGCGAAGUUGUUGCGUUAUCGCGAUUACUUUUUGCUCGAGCCGAAGUUCGGCACGAACGAGAAGCUGCGCGAGGGCGCGCUUUAUACUUAUGAGAACUGUUUCGGUUUGGAGGGUUCAUUCCGUAAAUUAGAGGUUGAUUAGUUGAACAUUUUGUACCAUUUUAUAGUUAGUAAUGAUUUUUUGUACAAAAUAACUUUUGUGUAAUUAGCGAAAAUUGGUGGUUGACAAUCUAGUUUAAUUUUAUUGCAAAACAAUUAUUUUUUAACUUUUUUUUAGCGUUCUUAUUUAAAACUCAUGAACAUUUUUAAAAGGUUAUGGACUGUUAAAUUUUAAUCAAACCAAAUUUUGUUAUUAAAUUAAAACUUGGGACGAAAAUAUCACGGUAUCUAAAGUAAAUUAAAUUAAUAUUUUUUUUUUGUUAAAAUUUAAGUAAAAAUGU